AUGCAGGUUUGGUGUUGGGAAGCUAUUACAUGGGAACUAGGUGGCGGCAGCAAUGGCUGUAUGGGAUUGAAAAAAAGUGGUGGCAGUAGUGGAUUGGGUGUUGUAGUGGAUCUGGUUGUGAUUAGAAAGGUUCUUAGCAUUGCUUGUUCAUGCUGGCAUGCAAGUGAACCACCUUUGACAUUAGAUUACUACAAAUCUACAUGCCCAACUGUUCUUGAGAUUGUUAGGAAAGAAAUGGAAUGUGCGGUGCUGUCUGAUCCCCGUAACGCAGCCUUGAUUUUACGUCUACAUUUCCACGAUUGCUUCGUUCAGGGUUGCGAUGGAUCGGUUUUGCUGGAAGAUACGAUCACACUUCAAGGAGAAAAGAAAGCACCAGAAAACAUGCAUGCUUUAAAAGGAUUCAGAAUCAUCGACAGGAUCAAGAACCUGCUCGAAUCGGAGUGUCCCGAAACGGUCUCUUGUGCUGAUAUUCUCACUAUUGCAGCAAGAGAUGCAGUUCUUCUGGUUGGUGGACCUUAUUGGGAUGUUCCUUUAGGCAGAAAGGACUCAAAAACUGCAGGCUAUGAGCUUACAGAAACAAACCUUCCCAAAGCAAAUGAUGGACUCCUCUCCAUCAUUUCAAAGUUUAUUUAUCAGGGUCUCUCAGUCACCGAUAUGGUAGCUCUCUCUGGUUCACAUACAAUUGGAAUGGCUCGGUGUGUAAAUUUCAGAGAGAGAAUAUAUGGAGAUUUCACAGAAACUUCAGGAAUGAAUCCAGCUUCACAGAAUUACCUAAGCAGUUUAAAAUCUGUUUGUUCAGCUGAUAGAAAAUCAGACCAAAAUGAAUCAGCAAUGGACAAUGUCACGCCGAAUCUGUUCGACAAUUCCUACUAUCACAUUCUGUUAAGAGGAGAGGGACUGAUAAAUUCAGAUCAAGAACUAUAUUCCAGUGUUUUAGCCGUUCAAACAAGGAAACUCGUCGAAAAGUAUGCAGAAAACGCGAUUGCUUUCUUCGAGCAGUUCUCCAAAUCCAUGGUUAAACUGGGAAAUAUAACAAACCCAGAAACACAUGUCAAUGGAGAAGUUAGGAAGAAUUGCAGGUUUGUGAAUACAUAA